AUGGAAAAGCAAAUAGCUGAGAUUUACACACGCAAGAUUUUUCUUAAGUUUCAAGAUGAGUUGUGGCAUAGCUUAGUAAUAAUGCCACAAUUUGUUCGUGAAAUUGCUACACACAAAAUGUAUGUGGUCGAGAGUAGUCCAAAAGAAGGUGUUCGUAGAGUGCGGGAAAUUGCUUAUGAUAAAGAAUUCGACUUUGCAUCUUGUACAUGUAAGAAGUUUGAGAGUGAAGGACUUCCUUGUAGACAUAUCUUGGCAUUCUUGAGACUGUUUGAAGUCAUUGAUAAAGUCAUAAUAUAUGAAGAGGCAAGUGUAAUUGUGAAUGAUGGUCUUCAAAGUUUGCUAGGAAAGAUUGAAUCUAUAGUUAGCAACACGAAAAGUGGAGGCAUUUCUGAAAAAGGUAGCACUGCUCAUGACUAUGAAGCUUUGAAAGACCCAUCUGCUUUGAGGGCAAAAGGAUGCGGACAAAGAUUAAGAAGGGGAAAGGAGAAGGCAACAAAUGUCGCAAAGUAUAAAGGUCGACAUUGCAAUGGAUGUGGAAAAAUUGGGCAAUCGCACGACAAAAGAAACUGUCCACUCCUUAACAAUCCGUAA